GAAUAUCCCAACCGGAUUCAAUAAAAUUCACUAACACUUAUCAUACAGUCAUCAACGUGGCAGCACUGGGUGCUGCCAUGCGCCCACCGGAAGGUUAAUAAAAUUUAUGGUAACAUUUUUGAAUGCAUGUCGGCAUAAACUUGUGCCUUCAGAUAACCCCAAAGCCAAAAGUUCAAAGUUGUUAAAUCGCAAGGGCGUGGCGGCGAAUUCUGGUCACCAAACCGAGAGAUGACUCGACCAGGAGCAAACUCGUGCAAAUCUGCCAAUGUUUCAUAAGCAGUAUGGCAUGUGGCACCAUACUGCUGAAACCAUAUGUCAUUAAGAGCCAUGACUUCUAAUUGUGGCACAAGAAACUGAGUAAUCAUUCCACGAUAACGUUCACCAUUCACUGUUAGUGGAUUAUCCGCCUCAUCCUCAAACGGUCCAAUAAUUGCUCUAGACCAUAGUGCACACCAAAAAGUGACACGUUUUGGAUACAUUCCAACUAGCAAAGUAGUGCUAUAAGUUUUUGGUAAAAGAACAGUAAAGCUGUAAGAGCUCUCUUUUAUUGUUGUCCGAACACCGAAAUGCUGGGUUAAUAUUUUCUAAACUGCAAUUUGGCUUCCUACAGCACAUAUGCUUUGAAAUGAGGUUUUUACAACGUUCUUGUAACACAGUAAUGCAACACCUUAUAUGAUAAAUUAGUGACUGUCGCAAAAACAUUUAUAAAACCAUUUUAUACAGCAUAUUUGUUCCAUAGUCAAAAUAGUUGUAUCGUAGCACCCUUUAUACCAUUUACACAACAAGCCUUAGCCUUGCUGUUUUGGGGUGCUUUAAUUGCUGUUGCAUAAAGGCUUAUGGAACUAUUCUAUACAGCACAUUGGCUCUGUGGUCAAAGUAGUUGUAAUGUGAUAUGCCUUGUAGCAGUUAUACAAUAAACCUGAGCUUUAGCCGAUAAGUUGCUCUUAACGGGAGCGUUUAUAUAACUGUCGUUUAGUAACCACUAAGGCCGCUUGUCCACGGCACGAAUUUGGGCCGGCAUGGUAAAUUUACCGGACGGUAGAAAAUAAGUCUGGCUUUGGUCACGGAGACGUCAGUUUACUGAAGCCUACAGUGAAGUACGUUUGAUUUAUCAGAAUGGACGAUGUAUGUACUGUCAUUGCGUUAUAUUAUUUUUACAAAAAAAGACAGCGAAGGCGUAGAAGAUACUGGGUGCAGCCAUUCCUGCAAGAUAGAUUUAAAUUUGGAACUUUUAAUACAUUAUUGGAAAAGCUUAGAGAAGACGAAGAAAAGUUUUCCAACUUUUUUCGAAUGUCAAGGGAAUCGUUUGAUAAAUUAUUAAGGAUUCUAAGGAAUCAUUUGACACAUGAAGAUACCAAUAUGAAGAACUGCAUUUCUCCCGCUGAAAGACUGGCUGUUACUGUUAGGUACUUAGCAUCCGGAAAUACAUUCACGGACCUCCAUUAUAGUUUCAGAAUUGGAAUAAAAGCAAUUAGUAGGAUUGUGCGGGAAGUCUGCUCGAAUAUAUGGCUGCUAUUACAUAAAGAAUAUAUGGCAAUUCCAGACGUCAGUACAUGGCAGAAUAUAGCAUAUGCAUUCGAGAAAACGGCAAAUUUUCCGAACUGUAUAGGGGCCGUUGACAGCAAACACAUUAGACUUAUCAAACCAGAAUACAGUGGGUCGAUGUAUUUUAACUACAAGGGAUAUUGUUCAAUAGUCCUGAUGGUAAUAGCUGAUUCAAAUUAUAAUUUCAUUUACGUAGAUGUGGGAGCGUAUGGAAAAGACUGCGAUUCAAGUGUGUUUAAAGAAUCAUCGUUCUGGAAAAAACUGCAAGAAAAUGCACUAGACAUACCAACUCCUAGGCAGCUUUCAAAUACCGAUGUACAGGCUCCUUAUGUACUAGUAGGCGAUGAAGCUUUUGCAUUGCAUAUGAAUUUACUUCGUCCUUAUGGUGGUCGAGAACUAGACCAAAACAAGCGAAUUUUUAAUUACCCUUUAAGCAGAGCAAGACGUUUUAUCGAAUGUUCGUUUGGAAUAAUGACUAAUAAAUGGAGGAUUUUUCACCGCCCAUUGAAUGUAUCCAUUGAUCUUGCAACUGAUAUCGUUAAAGCAUGUUGCAUUCUCAAAAAAUUUAUUCGCAAAGAAGAAGGCCUAAAUAGAAAUAUAGCAGAUACGGCAAUGGAUAUAGAUUCUGAACUAAACGAACUCACACGCUCAAAAUCGGUACGAGGCAGUUUGUCAGCGAAUGAUACUAGAACGAAGUUCGCUAGCUACUUUGUUUCCGAAGCUGGACAAAUUCCUUGGAAAAAUAAAUUUGCUUAAUUAUUAUUAUUUGAGUACUGUAUAAUGUAUAAUACAAAAAUAAAAACGUUAUAAAAAUC